AUGCUUCGCUUUUCUCUUUCAGUACGCCAAGUGUCGAAGCGGUUGGUGGCGGAGCUCGCGGCCAUAAACACCGCGCAAGAGGCCGGCGACCGCGUGGCCACGGAGACCGCUUCCACAUCAGCGGCGGUGACAGCGACAGCAGGGAAAAAGUCUUCUUCACCUGCUGCUGCUGCGGCGGCGGCGGCUCCGACAGCAUCAAGCGGUCCUGCACCGCCUGCGGCGGCUUCCACAACUGUGCGAGCAGCCGCGGAAGCCGCGCUGCGGGGCGCGGGGCCGCAGACCGCGUCGCAGAAGCCCAUCCCGCCAGCGAAGAUCACUGCAGCGGUGAGGAGGCUGAAGAAAAGGGCGAGAGAAAUGAUCAGCGACGUGCCAGCGGCUCCCGCCAAGGCGGCAAACGACGCGGAGAGGGCGCCGGCACCAGAGCCAGUGCAGCCAAAGAAGAGUGGCAGCGGUGAGAACCCGGUGGCCGAGUCGCAACAGGUUAAGAAGAAAAAGAAAAAGAUGGCAAAAACAGCGCAUUCGUCAGGACACACCGCGGCAGUGAAUGAAUCUGCGUCUUCUUCUGCUGCACCAUCACCACAACAACCGGCGCCGAAGACGGAAGCUGAGGCCGAAUCGCCUGCCGCCAAGCCACAGUCACUGUCGAGGCCGCCCCUGAAGAAAACACAUGCAUCAGAGGUGUCACCAGAGCAACAGCAGCGUGCGCCAGCGACAGGACAAGUGCCGAAGACGGAAGCUGAGGCCGAAUCGCCUGCCGCCAAGCCACAGUCACUGUCGAGGCCGCCCCUGAAGAAAACACAUGCAUCAGAGGUUCCACCAACACCAGCAGCAGCUCGUGCCACUUCGGUCUGUUCUACUUCUGCUGCAGCUGCUGCUUCUGACGCAGAAAAGGGUGCUAACCCACAGCACAAGACCGCGAUGGUCAAGGCGUUCCGCAUCGAGGACGUGCUGGCGGCGUGCACGUCUAACGACGGCGUCUUUGCGCGCCGGCUGCCGCAGGGUGGGUGCCAGUUCUUCGCGUGGCCUGGCACACCUCUUAUGGUGGCAAGCAACGCGGUGGCGACGAUGCCCGACACCAUUCGCACGGUGCACGCUAUAUUCGGUCGCGAGAAGACGCCACUGGACUUGGUGCUCGACAUCGACUGCCCGGUGCCGCAGGAGCACUGGAGCAUGGCAAAGAUUCGCCCGUUCCAGAAGAAGCUGCUUGACGACGUCAUGACAGUCGUGACAGAAGAGAUCGAGGCGAUUGGGGAGAAGAUCGCCACGCAGGUCGUGCUGCAGUCGCCGAACCUCAAGAAGGCCUCCUUUCACGUGCACACGAAGCUGCAGGACACAGCAUUCGAAGACUACCACUCGCUGCACGGCUUCCUGCACCGCUUUCACAAGAGGAUCCCCACCGUCGACCUUCAGAUCUACCGCCCCAACGGGAUGCUGCGCAUGCACCGCUGUAUGAAGGAGAACCACACCAGCGCCAUCGUCGUGUUCGAGGACGAGCGCUGGAAUAUCGGCUUCCCCAAGGGCGUUGUAUCGGACGCCGACGCCGCACUGCACUCCGCGUGCAUCCGAGAGGCCGGCACCUUCACGCGCCUGCUGCACUUCGACGCCCCGCGCAGUCUAACGCUGCAAGACGACGCCAGCGGAAGCGGCAGCAGCGGUGCGGCGGGCACGGCGGUGAAGCUUCCGCCGGUGCUGCUACCGCGCACCGAGAGUGAGGCGGUCGGGAACGCCUCCGCGUGGCUGCGACACGGCGCGCGCGAGAUCGAUGUGGGCGAGUGGCGCACAUGGAUUAGCCUCGGGAUCAACGCCUACCGCAUCGCCUAUCACUUCCGAGAUGCGCAGACGCUAAAGCGACCCGCCAUGGAAGAGCUACUCGAUGCCUGGGUGGAGGCGAGCAAGAAGUCUCCCAUGAAGUUUAGGAGCGGCGUGUGCGAGUCCAAGUGGACCACAUUCGACAUCAAUAAGCUGUCCAAGUCGAAGGACUACGACUGGUGGGCGUCGUAUCAACGCAUCGGUCGCAUGGCCUUGAAAAACGAGGCAGCAGAAGCAGCAGUUAAGGAGGCUCCAGCCGCCUCCUCCAACGCAGCGAAGCGGAAAUAG